GGCCGGGGCCGCGGCAUGGGCGACGACGACCUGGCGUCGGAGGCCGAUACGCUGCUUCAUUCAGAGAAGGAGUUCCACGAUGCGGCGAAGUGUAAUGACACGGCCAGGAUGGAGGAGCUCAUCAAGAAAGGGGUCGACAUCAAAGCCAAAAACAACACAGAUCGAACUGCCCUGCACUGGGCGGCGGGAGCAGGGAAUGAGGAGGCUGUGCGACUGCUCCUGGACCAUGAUGCCCCAGUGGAUGACGAAGACAGUUUUGGGAUGAAUGCACUUCUCCUGUCUGCCUGGUUCGGCCACCUCCGUGUCCUGCAAAUCCUUGUCAAUGCUGGGGCCAAGAUUAACUGUGUCAAUAAGAAUGGCAGGAACCUGCUCCACUGUGCAGCUCAGAGGGGACACAUCCGAGUGAUGGAGUUCAUCAUGGAAGACCUGGAGGAUAUGUGUGUGGAUGAGGCAGACAAGGCAGAGAGGACCGCAUUUCACCUGGCUGCAGAGUAUGGGCAGCUGGAGGUGGUGGAGUUCCUAAUUGGACUGGGUUGUUCUCACAGCGCUAAAGACAAGGAAGAGAAUACAGCAUUGCAUUUAGCUGCUAAAAAUGGACAUCACUCCGUGCUGCAGAAGAUUGUAGACAUUGGAGUGGACCUUGAUGAAAAGAACCUUGAAGGACUAACAGCUCUGCACCUGGCUGCUGAGGGGGGACAUAGGACUUGUGUGAAGCUGCUCUUGGAAGCAGGUGCCGAUGUCAAUGCCCAAACUCAGAGGAAGAUGAACUGCCUUCAUUACGCAGCACUGCACGGCUAUGAGGAGAUAGCCAGGGUCCUCAUGGAUGCAGGAAUCCACCAAGAUGCUGUUAAUUAUCAAAAUGCAUCGGCUACACACAUUGCAGUGCUACAUAACUUCCCAGCCAUGGUGAAGAUCUUCAUUGAUGCAGAGUGUGACCUUGACAUUCCAGAUAACAGGCAGCAGACUUCGCUCCACAUCGCUGCAGAGCAUGGCAGGCAGGACAUUGCUGAGAUGAUUCUCAUUGCAGGAGUUAAUCUGAAGCUAACAGACAAGCAAGGAAAAACAUCUUUGGAUGUUGCUGCCCGAGGCAAUCACAUCAACUUAGCAGACAUGAUCAUCAAAGCUGAUCGGUUUUACAAAUGGGAAAAGGACAAUCUAAACAGCGACUCUGACUCCUGGGUAGCAAAACACUUGACCUUUAAGCAAGAUCACAGGCUGGAAACACAGCACAUUCGCUCAGUAAUGUGGAGAUUAGCUACUAAAUACCUCAAACCUGGUGAAUGGAAGAAGCUGGCACAUUACUGGAAAUUCACUGAUGCGCACAUUAGAGCCAUUGAGCAGCAAUGGACAGGUAUGAAAAGUUACAGGGAACAUGGCCAUCGGAUGUUGCUUAUUUGGCUUCAUGGCGUGAUCAUGGCAGGAGAAAAUCCAAUCAAGGGAUUGUAUGAAGGUCUUGUAGGGAUUGGAAGAAGAGAUUUAGCAGAAAGCAUUCGGAAAAAAGCAAAUGCAGAUUCCGCUUCUCCAAGGAAGUGCACAGCGAUGUAACACCUGAAGGGCAUUAGUGGUCUCUUCAUCCGAUGCUUCAUCAGUUGUCUUAGAGCUACAAGAAAAACACUUGCUCUACUACUCACCAGAAGGCAGCUGUAAGUUAAGGGCUUAUGUCAUAAAAAAGUUAGCAUCACUGCUGCUUCCUUCUUGGUGUGAAACAGUGUUAUCAGCAGAUGCUAAUAACCUUUAAUGCCACUUUAUAUAAAAGUGAGAUUUUAUUUGCUACUGCAUAGGUUCUGGUUACUGUAAUAGUAUUUAAGUGAGUAAACCUCACUUCUCGUGCGGUGAUUGAGUAUCAGGAAGUAUUACACUAUUUUACUGUAAUUUUGUUUACAUUUUUGUAUGUCAUUUUUUUAUUGUUAGUUGUAGAAGUUAUUGAGGGGGAAGCCUUUGUUUUUAGGAGUGUUCUUUACCUACCUUUUUUGUAUUUUUUGCCCAUCACUUCUGCAUUAGAGUUUAUAUUAAUAAACUUCACUGUUUUCUUCUGAACAAGAGAAAUGGUUCUCAGCACUGUUUCCACUCAAUUGGAAACAUCAAGGCUACCAACUUGUUUCUUUCGGAACCUGAAAGAUGAUAGCCUAAAUCUUAAAGGUUAUCUUCCCAAAAAGUUUCAGAAAAGAAAACAUGUUAGUGUAUUAUUUAUAAAUCAAAUAGACAAGUUCUUUAAUUUCUAGAAAUUAUACAGCUGGAAAAAUGCAAUGAGAAUGAAGUGUCUGUCUCCUUUACCUUAGAACGUACAUAGCUGCAUACUCAUCUAAGGGGGAAAAAAAAUAGAGAGUCACCUUAAGAAUAUCAGUCUUCAGGUAGUCUUGACCACCAUGUAAGUACAUGUCUUUUACUGUUCCCAUUCAAAGACACUGUCAUCUGUUAUUCAUAAGGCCUCUGACAGGGGCACACUUUUUUCUUAAACGUCAAUGUCACGUAAGGUUUUGUAUUUGUUUUUUUACAAUGUUUCAAGAGGAAAUACGUGUAUUCCAAUAAAUCAGACUUUUACUCUUGUAAUUUCAAAUUACAUCUUAGUCAUCCUUUAUAAUAUUGCAUAAUUCUUACCCAGUGCUAACCCAGUGCAGUUAUCAAUAAUAUAAUUAAAGCUUUUCCAUGCAUGAAAUGAAUCCAAGCCUGAGGUACCAGUUCCCUGGAUUUCUUCUAAAGGUGGCUGGAGAGAGAAACCAUCACUGUAGUAGUCUACACUACUGUUCUCUUGUAGUGGAAACAAGAGGCACUUGUUGAAAUUGAAGUUUUAUUGAAAACUAUUUUUAACAGCUAGCAAGAAAGUUAAAAAUUCAAAUGCUAUAUUUCAAAUAGAAAGUAACUUUCAACACAACUUAUGAAGCAAAUAAGUCACGGUGACAUUGGCACUUAAACAUUUUUUCAACCAAUAUUCAACAGAAAUAUGUCAGCGUAUAAGUACAUAACCUGCAUGUGGCAAUAUAUACAGUUUAAUGAAAAUAUAAAAAGAAAUACUGCUCUGUUUAAGAACAUGUAGGUGAAAACUUUG